AUGUCACAGAAAGUCUGGAAGAGAAACUUUGCAGCUGGCCACGGCCUCGAAAAGGUGCUCGCCGCGACCAAGAAUCCGGCGCCGGAGGUUGCGAUCCCGUACCCCCCGGCCACUCUGGACGAGCUGGCCUCGACCGACUUUGGCGGCAAGGGCUUCACGCUAGCGGCCUUUACGGCCGAGGACGCCUGGGAGCUGGGCCACCUGCUGCACGCGCGGCUGCUCGACCACGCGGCGUCAGCCGGCCGGCCGGCGCUCAUCAACAUUGCGCUCGCGGCGGCGGGCGGGCCGACGCUGUACCAGAGCGUGACGGGCAGCGGGCUGCUGCCGGACCACGAGGCGUGGGUGCGGCGCAAGCGCGCGGCGGUGCUCCGCUGGGGCACGAGCUCGUACAUGGUCGGGCGCAAGCACGGAAACGGCGACGAGGCGCUGUUUGCGGCCAAGAACGGGCUCGGGCCCGAGGGCGCGGGCGAGUACGCGAUUCAUGGCGGCGGCGUGCCGAUUCGCGUCCAGGGCGCCGAGGGUAUCGUGGCUAUCGUCGUGGUGAGCGGCUUGAAGCAGGAGGAGGACCAUGGUGUCAUUGCGGAUGUCAUUCGCGCCAACUGGGCUUAG